CAGAUGAAGAUGGACCCAUUCUGAAAAAAUCUCACAUAAUUCACUAUACACUAGAUUACAAGGCAUCUACACUUGCCAUUAAUUCUAGCAUCUUUCAAUACUUCCCUGUCAAUGCACUGAGCAAUUUUGGUGUGCUUUGUGCUGAUCCUGAAUAUGCAUAUUUUGACAGAACUCAAUACAUAUCAACACUCAGCUAUUUCAAAGAUCCAGUUAUGCUUUUCCUGCGACCGUGCCGGUUUGGCAAAUCACUGACUCUCAGAGAAAGUAAUAAUACAAUAAUGAGAAGGGAGGAGUCUUCUGGUGCUCAUAUUUUAAAGAAAAGAAAGGUAAAGGGUGGUUCUAAGAAGUCAAGUUGGAUAUGGAACUUAAUGGAAGAAACUGAAAUUGUAAAGGAUGGAGAAAAAUCUAAAGGAGUUAUUUGUCGAGUUAACAUCUCUGAAGUUUCUGAUAUUAUUGUUCAUUGUAAUGUUGUAGUACGUGGUAGUGAAUCUACAUCUAACUAUAUUACACACUUACUAUCUGCUCAUGGUAUAACAAAAGAAAAUUUCCAAAAUAAAUUGAACAAUCAGUUUAAAGACACUUCUAAAACAAUCACUAAAAUGUUUGAAAAUCACCAACCACAUACAAGCCAAAAACAAGAACAACUUGAAAAGGCCUUGAUCCUUGAUUUACAAUUCCACAAUCAAAAAAAAAAUAAGCAAGGUUACCUAGGAAUAACAUGUGCUUGGGUAGAUCCAGAUUUUAAUUUAAAUGAAAAGUUGUUAGCUCUAAAAUAUAUUCCAUCACCUCAUACUUCACCAGCUAUUAGUCAAAAAUUAAUUGAUAUUUUUAGUGAAUUUGAUAUAAAUGAUAAAAUUAUUUCUAUCACAACAGACAAUGGAAGAAAUAUGGUCUCUGCUUUUAAAGUGAGUUUUAAUUUUUAUUACAAGUUUAUUAUAGAAUGA